AUGUCAUCAGGAUACGGUGCAUACGGUAGUUCAGGACGUUGUUUCCCAAUCUUCUCUGAUUUUGCUACUUGUGUAACAGAGAAAUCAAUCGAAUUAUGCGAACCAUACAGACACGAUUAUUUCGAGUGUUUGCAUAACCUUAAAGAAUAUAAAGUACAAGAAUCAACCGAUUAUUCUAAAGAUGCCGAUGUAAGAGCUGCCAAGGUUAGAGAAGCCAUCAGAAGAGUUCAAGAUUAUGAACCAAAGGUUGGAAAAGAAUGUUAA